AUGGACGCCCCUAUCACUUCAUCUAUCCAGAGUCCAUCAACGGAUCGAAGCACCACAAGAUCUGCCACAUAUGCCGCUAAAGCAAUCGCAGAAGACAGACAAGUAGAAGCUUCUAAAAAGCGGUCCUCUCUAAACGGCCCCCCUCAGGCCGUCAAGAAGACGAAACACAUCGCCCUUUCGACUGAGAACUAUUCUAUCCUUGUGGCGAGCUACAAUAUUCGCUUCGGCGAGUAUUCGCCCGGGUGCACGUGA